AUGGUUUUAUUGGGAUUACGUUAUCAGGCGCUGGUUCCAGAGCGAUCCGAGCCCGAGUGAUGACCCCGAACUGGCCGAGUCCCCCCAGGACCGCGUAGAACAGAUCAGAGUUGUGCUCCUUGGAACAGGUCUUCAUCUCUCCCUUUCCUUGUGAUCCCCACGUCAAGAUAGCACGGAGGAUGUCAGCCAACGUUUGCAAGAAAAACUUAUUUUGAUGUCGACGACAACCCACAUCAGAAACCUCAUCAUGAUUAUCUCAUGUAUCGAGAGAGAGAGAGAGAGAGAGAAAGAGUACCGGUGAUCACGUCAAGCUCGUAGACGGUGGAGAUCUGGGGGCCAUGACGGAAGGCCUGGCCGCUGAUCCCCGCGUUGGAGAGGGUGCCUCCAACGGUCAAGUAGAGAUAAUCUGUCCACGACUUGGGUGCAAGCCCAUGCUUGAGCGUCUCGCUUAGCACGUCUGCCCAGAGUUGUUCCCCGCCGGCGUCCACGUAAGCGGAACCCUGGGGGUCGCUGCCAUCCUGGCAGGACGACACUGUGAUAGGGGACAGCGUCGUUGCCACGGUGUCGUGGCCGCCGCCUGUCCGCCUCGCCAGGGACCUCAUAUCAAUGACGACGCCCUUCGGCGCCGCCGCCUGCCCCCGAAGGGAGUGCCCUCGACCGCGGGGAGCCACCUUGAAAGGCCUCGGCGAGUCGUUCGCGAAACUGAGGAGGGCCAUAAUGUCAAGGUUUGACGACGGGAACAGAACGGCAGCGGGGGCGGCGCUGACCAACCGGCCGAAGUCGGUGGACACCGGGAAAGUCGCCUCCGGGUCGACCCGGAUCCUGACGGAGAUGUCGAGGGCGGAGAGCUCCUGGGGAAGAGUGGCCGGCCAUGGCCUCUUAUGCCCAACUAUAGAGACUAAGCUGCUCAAGAUGAACACCACUGUCAGCCGAAGAGCAACCAUCAUGGAGAAGGCUGGUCGGGAGGGACAAAGAAGAGAGAGGGAUGAGGGGGAGGGAAGGGAGAGAGAGAGAGAGGGAAGUAAUUCAACGGUGGUAGAUUGAGGGUGUAUUUAUGGUGCAAUGGGGGACGAAUCCUGCCUCUCUGUCUCUCUCUCUCUUCCACGAGUAUUUUGUGUUUGGUUCCACUUCAUCGUGCGUUAGAUUACGUCUUUGACAGCAAAUUGGGGCAGGUUUGCGUUGCACCGGGGGAUUACGUCUGUCGACGUCGACGGUUCUCGGUUGAGGUAUAGCUGCGAUCUCCGCUUCCUUUAAGAUGGCUAGCUGCCCCGGCGAUAAGAGGCCGCGGGUGGGGCCUGCAGGGGCCGUCCUUGGUCAAAGACUGGCCAUGAAAGCAUUCAUUGUGGUAGUAACGAGAAGAACCAACGACCCAGUGGAGAACAGUAAAUACGGAGGCUAUAGUGUAAAAUAUAAUCAUCGGAAAGAAUAUAUACCCUAUUAAAUAUCCCGACCAUCUAUCUUAAAACAAAUAGAACGUAAGUAGAAUAUGCUUCCAUGGCAUGAAAGUCUAUCCCUAGGUUCUACAGACCCUAUUCAUAAGAGAUAUCAUAAAUAGAUCCCGGUCAUAAAAAGGGAUCGAGGAAAUUAAAUCGAAGCUGGGUAAAUAUAAGUUGAAAAAAAUACAAACAAAACAAAUGAGAAAAUCAACAACACAGGCCGUCACUUGGAUAUCUAGCAAUCAGAAGGGUCACUCUUUUACUUGUGUUUAAAUGAGAUAAUCUCGAAUUUAGCAAGGUUGGAACAUGGCAACAAAGUUAUAAUCGCUAGAGGUCAAUGAAUUGGAUCAGAAGCCAUUGUUUUUUUAUGAUAUUGGAUGGUUUUGGAAGAUCUGUCCGAUGAUUGCGCAGGGAAUCCCUGCUAAUCUUUGUUCAAGGAUUUAUGGUUGAUGAACCCCUUUGUCCACAACUUCUGGAGAAACUCAGAAGGGGUGUACGGAGAUGGGGCUCAGCGCCCAUGAUAGCCCAUAUGCAGCUGACGUUGUUGGGGGGGGGGGGGGGGGGGAAGGGAGACGGGAGAGAAGGGAGCUCUGUCAUCUUCUGCUAA